AUGACUGCAUCCGGCUUGCACAAUAUUAACAUUGACGACUUAGAUAAAAUACAACUGGACAACUACAUAAGCAACAUCACAAAAACAAUUUCAAAAACCUGUCACUCAACAUUCAGAAAACCAACUCCUUUCAUACGCAUACCAUGGUGGACACCUGAACUUACCAUACUUAAAAAGAAAGUUAUUUAUCUACAUCAUCGUUUACAAGACCUAAAACGUGGCAAUAAAGACUUAACCAGUAUUGUUGUGGAGCUCACGGAGGCGCGGAACGAAUACGCUGACAAGAUGCGAGAAACGUCCACAAGCGCCUUCCGGGAUUUCUGCAACAAACAAGGAAAGGAUGAUGUAUGCGAACACCAGUAUGGCUUUAAAGAACAGCGGUCUACUACUGAUGCGCUGUCUAAGGCCAUAAACUGUAUUAGAGAAGCUAAAGAAAAUAAAAAGCUAGUACUGGCUAUCUCGCUAGACAUUGAAGGUGCCUUUGACCAUGCCUGGUGGCCGGCCUUGCUAAAUGGUUUAAAAAAGGCCAAAUGUCCCAAAAAUAUAUAUCAAUUAGUGAACAACUACCUCACAGAACGGGUAGUAAUACUAAAUUACGCGGAUGCAACAGUAACAAAAGUGCAGUCCAGGGGAUGUGUCCAAGGAUCAGUCCUUGGACCCAUCUUCUGGAAUACAAUUAUCGACUCCCUGCUGGACCAGAAGCUGCCUCAGGGCAACUACAUCCAAGCGUAUGCUGACGAUGUUCUGCUUAUUUGCACCGGGGAUAACGUUGAACAAUUACAGCAUAAUACCAACCGUAUACUCCAACAAGUCCAUCACUGGGGAGUAAGCAACAAACUAAAAUUUGGACCACAGAAAACGAAAAUGAUCACUCCUACCCCGAAGGCCAAGGCUGCUCGGAUUUAUAUGAAUGGCGUCACUAUAAAGCCUGACAGUGAUUUCAAACUGUUAGGAGUGAUCAUUGACGAGAAUCUGAAAUUCAUAAAACACAGCGAGUAUAUUGUCAAAAAGGCCCAAACAAUUUAUAAAAAACUCUGUAUUUAUAUAAGGCCAACUUGGGGAAUCCACGCUGGUAACGUUAAUACAAUUUACAGGCAAGUCAUCGAGCCAAUCAUAACUUACGCCGCAGAAAUCUGGCAUACUGCCACGAGCUACAAAAAGGUAUCAAAUAAAUUACUUAGUCUCCAGCGUGGUUUCGCCCUAAAGAUUAUUCACGGAUUUCGUACUCUACCAACAGUGGAGUCAAUUGCACUAGCUGGCUUGACUCCACUGCACCUAAAGGUAAAAGAGGUGGCCUCUACAGAGCUGGUCAAACGCUGUCAGAUAUCAGAAUUCUUACCUGACGACAUAAGAUACGACAGGAGAGUCCCGGUGACGGAAUUACUACACCCUGCUAAAAGGAUAAACAUAGAGGUAUCCGAGGUAGUAAACCAAGAACAACUGGAACCCUUUUAUGAUGAUGUUGAUAUGCAUAGAGUAUUCACAGACGGUAGCAAAUACAAUAGUAUGGUUGGUGCAGCUGUUAUCAUUGACUACCCUGAUGGUAGGAGCUAUAUGCAAAAACUCAAACUACAUAGCAGCUGCACCGUCUUUCAGGCUGAGUGCUACGCCCUAGAACGAGCCUGCCACGAAUGCCACGUACGGGAAUUACCUAAAGUCACUGUUUUCUCGGACUCUAAGGCUGCUUUAAUGGAGAUUUCAAACCGCAGUAGUACCAAUAGAAUUGUUAAUAACAUCCACAAAAUUCUCCACAGGAUCAAGGAGUCGGGGAAAACAGUAAUUAAUUUCUGCUGGAUCAAAGCUCAUGUCGGCCUUAACGGCAACGAACGAGCUGACAUGGCCGCUAAAGCUGCAGCAUCUUCACAUAAGCCUCCUGACUACGACCUCUUUCCACUGUCCUAUCACAAACUACAUAAUAAAAAGAAUAUUCACACAUUACACAACAAAUGGUACAUGGAGACCACACAUUCAGAGGAAUAUAACAAACAGUUGCAGGCUGAUUGGUCGCCCGUAUUGUAA